AGCCCUCGGAAUUCCCCCCAAAACAAAUUCACUUCCGGCCGUGAACUCCCGCUUAGCGUCAUCAAAGUCUUGCCUUGUGCACUGCCCUAUUAUAGAAUUCGUCAAUCGGAUCAACAACAAGCUUGCAAAACAUUCACUCCUUCCUUAGUUCCUUGCUCGACAUACUUUUGUUUCCUUUCCUGUUUUUGGUUGACGAUUUCAUAGAGGAGCUCAGGAGCGACUUUCAUCCAGCGAGAACCUGCCGAACAACAUUUUCCUCGCCGCGAAACAUCAUCCCUAAUUCCGCAGCCCUCGCCCCCCCGUCGCAUUAAAAACCUCGGGCGUCAGCGCGCGCGCACGAUACAAUCAUAGCCCUCGACAGCAUCACUAAAACGAGAGAAACUUGGCGAAGGAGCUGCCUACGGCUCAUCACCCCCGAAGCACGCGAUGAUUGUCUAAGAACCGCCAUCCAAACAUGGCAUUCAACUUCAACUGGUCGCCGCUGACGGCCGACGCGAGCUUCUACAAGCGCGCCCGAGACCUGCUCACGACUGCCUUGAACAAAUCACCAAAACCUCCGAUAAUUGUCGAUGACAUCCUCGUUACCGAAUUCAACCUGGGCUCCGUGCCUCCGGAGCUUGAGAUCCUCGAGAUUGGCGAUCUGGCAGAGGAUCGAUUCAGGGGCAUCUUCAAGAUGACAUAUUCUGGAGAUGCCUUUCUGACGCUGAAGACACGAGUCCAAGCAAACCCCCUCAACACAUAUCUCUAUUCAAAGCCAAGCUUCACAUCACCAGAGCCACUUGCAGCAGCCUCGGGCCUGACAAUACCUCUGCAAAUAACAUUAUCAGAGAUCAAGCUCUCGGCUUUCAUCAUUCUAGUGUUUUCGAAACAAAAGGGACUCACCCUGGUUUUCCGCAAUGAUCCUCUCGAGUCUCUCAAGGUCUCGUCGACCUUCGACUCGAUCCAGUUCGUCCGAGAUUAUCUUCAAAGGACUAUCGAAGGGAAGCUAAGAAAUUUGAUGAUGGACGAGCUACCGGCAAUCAUCCACAAGCUGUCGCUGCAGCUCUGGUGUCCCGAACAAAUGUCCAAGGAGGACCACGAAAAGACGAACGAAAUGGAUGAGCAAGCCGUCAACCCUUUCGCCAGCCCACCACUCGAUGCUGUGGAUGCCCAUGGAAAUCUCUUGGAUCCCAUAGACAUAUCAAGCAUAGCUGUUAAUGGUGGGGCCGAGUUGCAAUCUCUGUUCUCCCAGAAGAACCUGUUCCGUCUUGGAAACCUGGUUAACACUCAACUUACCUCGUCACUUUUCACGCCUUCGGUUCCUGAGGUGAUAUUCAGGGCGAAAGCUGGCCCGGUGGACAAGCCCGAGGCAAGCAGCACUACGCCGUUAACUACGCCCAGCCUGGUCAAAUCACACUCUUUCCAUGGCACAUCAACGGUGUAUACAUUCUCGGAUACGAGCAGUCAAAACAAUGGACAACUGCCGUCUCGACCGUCACUUGUUAGCCUGGGAUCUGCCACUACUGGUCUCGGCCUUGCCGCGAGCAGAAAUGCAAAGCCUUACGCCAACAGGAAAAAGAAGACAAGGGUCGUUAAUCUUCGACGCAAGACUGACACGGCUGCCAGUAGUGAGAUGGGCGACACGAUGUCUGAUUCUGCCUCAGUACAAGCUUCAGAGUCGAUUACCAUGUCGGACUCUAUUCCUGAGGACCCUGAAGAACAGCCAGAACUGACCAUGUCUGGCUCGAGUCGGGUUCGUUUUGGCUUGGGCGGGGAGAGAAGCGCUCUUCCGCAACGUCCGGCUCUGCGCCGUGACCUUUUCAACCCGGAUGAAGCGACAGCAUCUGCCGAGAUUUCUCAGCCCCAAGUUGCACGGUCGACACCAGAAAAGGAGACCGCGGCACCUGUGCGGACAUCAGAAAAUGACAAACGCAGCGACUCAAAACGUCGAGGGCCGCGCUCCGAAACCCCUUCAGUUAUUUUGGAACAAGCCUGGAUAAUGAAGAUGGCUGGCGAGAUUGCCAAGCGAGUCUACGAUGAGAAGCAACGCAACCCCAGCUUUUGGGACGAGAGGGAAGAUUCCCCUCCUCCUGCGUACGAGGCCCAGCCCACUACGGCGGCCUCAUAAAUUGUGCUGCUAUAGCACAUAAACAGCAACAACUCUCGCAGCAUUGUCCACACAUCGGACAUUUUCUAUGUACUUUUCUAUGUCUUUUUUUUCAACCCUAAUGGCAAACGGAAACGGAUGGAUGGCGUCUUGAAUUUCAGCUGAGAGCAUGGCGGGACCAUAUGAUGAUACCCACCAUAUGAGCUUCCGAUCCUGCUCCCAACAUUACUCGUAAUCCAGUAAUGUUUUGUUUUUACUAAGGGAUUUUUGCGGCGUUUUUUUUCAUACAAGGGCCAUACAGGGGUAUUCAAGGGGUUCGGUUGGCUUAUCUAAAAGAAAUGGGCGAUUUGUUGAGCGAUUUUGUCACUUUUUUUGGGGGUCUUUCAUUGGGCGUGCGGAUGAAAACCUGCAUCCUACUAACUGACGCCCGCCGUCCAGAGGCUGGACACCAGAGUAUAUACUACUCGCUCACACUCGUUCGAACAAACACACACAAAAACACGCUCUCUCACUCUCUGUCUUGUGUAUAUCUACAGAAUUUUCCUUUGUUUUAAAACCCUCGAGGGGUGAUCUUGAGGGGAUGGUGUACACUAGAACUGUACUUCAUCUUUGCUCGGCGGAAGGUCAAGUCGAGGUCGCGUGGCCGGCGAGAACGUCCAGCACGCUCGGUUGGAAGCUUGAUAGAAGAGAAUAAACUCCUAUCCACUUGGAA